GCUCAGUGCUCCGAGUGGAAGGGGCUGACCGCCGGCCUCCGCAGGGUCGCGGGAGCCGCGCGGCGGAUGGGAGGGGCUGGAGCGAAAGUUGCGGGCGCGGGAUCCGGGAUCCGGGGCAAUGGAAGCGGGGCCCGCCUUGUCCCCCGGGCCUUCCCGCUCCUUCAAGGAGGAGCUGCUCUGCGCCGUCUGCUACGACCCCUUCCGUGACGCCGUGACUCUGCGCUGCGGCCACAACUUCUGCCGCGGGUGCGUGACCCGCUGCUGGGAGGUGCAGGUGGCACCCACCUGCCCGGUGUGCAAGGACCGCGCGGCCCCCGCCGACCUGCGCACCAACCACACCCUCAAUAACCUCGUGGAGAAGCUGCUGCGCGAGGAGGCCGAGGGCGCGCGCUGGACCGGCCACCGCUCUCCGCGCCUCUGCCGCCUGCACCGCGGCCAGUUCAACCUCUUCUGUCUCGACGACAAGGAGCUGCUGUGCUGCUCGUGCCAGACCGACCCCCGGCACCAGGGGCACCGCGUGCAGCCGGUGAAGGACACUGCCCACGACUUUCGGGCCAAGUGCAGGAACAUGGAACACGCGCUGCGGGAGAAAGCCAAGGCCUUCUGGGCCAUGCGGCGCUCCUACGAGGCCAUCGCCAAGCACAAUCAGGUGGAGGCUUCCUGGCUGGAAGGGCGAAUCCGGCAGGAGUUUGACAAGCUUCGAGAGUUCUUGAGAGUGGAGGAGCAGGCCAUCCUGGAUGCCAUGGCCGAGGAGGCCAGGCAGAAGCAGCUUCUGGCCGAGGAGAAGAUGAAGCGGCUGGCGGAAGACACGGAGGCCCUGGCCCAUGAGAUUGAGCGGCUGCAGAUGGAGAUGAAGGAGGAUGACGUUUCCUUUCUCAUGAAACACAAGAGCCGAAAACGCCGCCUCUUCUGCACGAUGGAGCCAGAGCCUGUCCAGCCUGGUAUGCUCAUCGACGUUUGCAAGUACCUGGACUCCCUGCAGUACCGAGUCUGGAGGAAGAUGCUCGUGUGUGUCGAAUCUGUGCCUUUCAGCUUUGAUCCCAACACUGCGGCUGGCUGGCUGUCCGUGUCAGACGACCUCACCAGUGUCACCAACCACGGCUACCGGGUCCAGGUGGAGAAUCCGGAGCGCUUCUCAUCGGCACCCUGCCUGCUGGGCUCCUGCGUCUUGUCGCAGGGCUCGCAUGCCUGGGAGGUGGACCUGGGGGCACUGCCGAGCUGGCGCGUGGGCGUGGUGCGGAUGCGCCAGGACGCGGGCGCCGAGGGCCACUCGCACAGCUGCUACCACGACACGCGCUCGGGCUUCUGGUACGUGUGCCGCACACAGGGCGUGGACGGCGACCACUGCGUGACCUCGGACCCCGCCACAUCGCCCCUGGUCCCCGCCAUCCCGCGCCGCCUGCGCGUGGAGUUGGAGUGCGAGGAGGGUGAGCUGUCCUUCUAUGACGCGGAGCGCCACUGCCACCUGUACACCUUCCACGCCCGCUUCGGGGAGGUACGGCCCUACUUCUACCUGGGCGGCUCACGGGGGGACGGGCCCCCCGAGCCGCUGCGCAUCUGCCCCCUGCGCAUCACCGUCAAGGAGGAGCUGGAUGGCUGAAGCCUGCCCUGCCUGAUGCCGCCGGGUCUCACGCCCCAGUCCCGUUUUCUUUCUGUCUCUUCCCAAAGGCACACUUGCCUUGGUACCUCUCUGCCUCCUGCCUUCUUGCCAGGAUCUUCCUACUGGCCAUCCUGUCCUUUUCUGUGGCGCCAGGCCAUGUACCUCCUCCCUCAUUUUUGGUCCCUUCUCUACCCACCUUUGAAAGUUAUCCAGGAGACACCUCCCUGAUUAGGCUUUUUCCAAAGUUGUGGCAUCCUCUGGAUGUGAAUUUUCUGAUUCACAUUCUAAGAUUGCUGGGGAUAAUGUUUGCUUCUAAGAAUGGGUCUGUUUAAAAAUGUAAGUUUCAUCAUUUUCCAAGAGUGGUGAGGCCAGCAGACUGGAAGAGGACUGCUGUUGAGAAGAGUUUGUUACUCACAGUCUCCGGGAGGAGAGU